AUAUGUAGAUGAAUUAAGCGCUUUUGAUAUCAGAAAAUAUAACAGCAAGUUCUCCCUUAGUCUCUCUCUUCCUCUUCUUCUAUGGAGGUUCCUAGCCCUCGAAACUAGGUGGUUCACGUUCUCAAGCUUGGUUCCUAACAUGUGGUUAGACACUUUUAAUCCUGAAUGUCUCCUUGUAGACAUAUAUACCUCUACAUAUGUGUGCAUUUUGCAACCACCACCAUUAGUGGAAUAAAAUUUUAAAUGCAAACCCUUCUAUGGUAUAUAUCCUAUAUAGGCAUUGUUAGUAGUAAAUACCAACCGUGAACCAGAAAAUUGUGGAUUCAACCUUUUUCGUCUUCCUUCUUCUUCAUGGCAGUGCUAUUUGCAACUCAUGUUCUUCUCUUGAUAUUGUCCACUGCAACAACUCUCCACUUCAGUGCAAGCAAGGCAGCAAGGCUCAAUAUGACUUGCAGCGAGAAGGAAAGGAAUGCACUCCUCAGCUUCAAGCAUGGACUAGCAGACCCUUCAAACAGGCUUUCAUCGUGGUCUGACAAAUCGGAUUGCUGUACAUGGCCAGGGGUUCACUGCAACAACACAGGUAAAGUCAUGGAAAUCAAUCUUGACACACCUGCGGGCUCUCCCUAUAGGGAGUUGAGUGGAGAGAUUAGUCCUUCUUUGCUUGAACUAAAAUAUUUGAAUCGUUUGGACUUGAGUUCAAAUUAUUUUGUUCUUACUCCAAUACCAAGCUUCCUAGGCUCAUUGGAGAGUCUGAGAUACUUGGACCUUAGCUUAAGUGGGUUCAUGGGAUUAAUCCCUCAUCAACUAGGAAACCUCUCAAACCUGCAGCACCUUAAUCUUGGAUACAAUUAUGCUCUUCAGAUAGAUAACCUUAAUUGGAUAUCAAGGCUAUCUUCCUUGGAGUACCUUGAUUUGAGUGGUUCAGACCUUCAUAAACAAGGUAACUGGCUUCAAGUACUGAGUGCACUUCCAUCUCUUUCAGAACUACACUUGGAGAGCUGUCAAAUUGAUAACUUAGGACCACCAAAACGAAAAGCCAACUUCACACAUCUCCAAGUCCUUGAUCUUUCAAUUAACAAUCUCAAUCAGCAAAUCCCUUCAUGGCUAUUUAAUCUCAGCACAACUCUUGUCCAACUUGAUUUACACAGUAACCUUUUACAGGGACAAAUUCCACAAAUAAUAUCAAGCCUUCAGAACAUAAAAAAUCUAGACCUGCAGAACAACCAGCUCAGUGGGCCACUUCCAGAUUCAUUAGGCCAGCUUAAGCAUCUUGAAGUUCUAAAUCUCAGUAAUAAUACCUUUACUUGUCCAAUUCCCUCACCAUUUGCAAACUUGUCAUCCUUGAGAACUUUAAACCUGGCUCACAACCGACUGAAUGGAACCAUUCCUAAGAGUUUUGAGUUCCUCAGAAACCUGCAGGUAUUAAAUCUUGGAACUAAUUCUUUGACUGGUGAUAUGCCUGUAACUCUUGGAAAUCUCUCAAAUUUAGUAAUGUUAGACCUUUCAUCUAAUUUGUUAGAAGGAUCUAUAAAAGAGUCAAAUUUUGUAAAACUUUUGAAAUUAAAGGAACUACGUUUGUCUUGGACAAACUUGUUCCUCAGUGUCAACUCAGGAUGGGUUCCUCCUUUUCAGCUUGAAUAUGUUUUACUGAGCUCCUUUGGAAUAGGUCCUAAGUUUCCAGAAUGGCUAAAAAGGCAAAGUUCUGUGAAGGUUUUGACAAUGUCUAAGGCAGGUAUCGCAGACUUGGUUCCAAGUUGGUUUUGGAAUUGGACUUCGCAAAUUGAAUUCCUGGAUCUGUCAAACAAUCUGUUAAGUGGAGACCUAUCUAACAUCUUUAUCAAUUGCAGCGUCAUAAAUUUGAGUUCUAAUUUGUUCAAGGGUACAUUGCCAAGUGUGUCUGCAAAUGUUGAAGUGCUGAAUGUUGCCAAUAACUCAAUUUCCGGAACAAUUUCUCCCUUUUUAUGUGGAAAGGAAAAUGCUACUAAUAAGUUAAGUGUGCUUGAUUUUUCAAAUAAUGUCUUAUAUGGUGAUCUUGGUCACUGUUGGGUGCAUUGGCAAGCAUUGGUGCAUUUGAACUUGGGUAGUAACAAUUUGUCUGGUGUUAUUCCAAACUCCAUGGGGUAUCUAUCUCAACUUGAGUCUUUGUUGUUAGACGACAACCGCUUCUCUGGAUAUAUUCCUUCAACACUGCAAAAUUGCUCUACAAUGAAAUUCAUUGACAUGGGCAAUAACCAACUUUCUGACGCAAUACCAGAUUGGAUGUGGGAAAUGCAAUAUCUAAUGGUUCUUCGUCUAAGAUCCAACAAUUUCAAUGGCAGCAUUACUCAAAAGAUUUGUCAACUUUCUUCCCUUAUAGUGCUGGAUCUUGGCAAUAACAGCCUGUCAGGAUCCAUUCCAAAUUGUUUGGAUGACAUGAAGACAAUGGCUGGUGAAGAUGACUUCUUUGCCAACCCUUUAAGUUAUUCAUAUGGCUCUGACUUCAGUUAUAACCACUACAAGGAAACUCUUGUCUUAGUUCCCAAAGGAGAUGAGUUAGAGUACAGAGACAAUCUGAUAUUGGUGAGAAUGAUUGAUCUUUCAAGUAAUAAGCUGUCUGGAGCAAUUCCAUCUGAAAUUUCCAAGCUAUCUGCUUUGCGGUUUUUGAACUUGUCUAGAAAUCAUCUGUCUGGAGGGAUACCAAAUGACAUGGGAAAAACGAAAUUGUUAGAAUCCCUUGAUCUCUCACUAAACAACAUUUCAGGUCAAAUCCCUCAAAGCUUAUCUGAUUUGUCCUUCCUCAGUGUCCUGAAUCUAUCAUACAACAACUUAUCAGGCAGAAUUCCCACGAGCACCCAACUUCAGAGCUUUGAAGAACUUAGCUACACUGGAAAUCCUGAGCUUUGUGGUCCUCCUGUAACAAAAAAUUGCACAGACAAGGAAGAGUUGACAGAGAGUGCUUCUGUUGGACACGGUGAUGGUAAUUUCUUUGGAACAUCAGAGUUUUAUAUCGGUAUGGGAGUUGGAUUUGCAGCAGGAUUUUGGGGUUUUUGCAGUGUUGUUUUCUUUAACAGAACUUGGAGGCGUGCUUAUUUUCAUUACCUUGACCACUUGAGAGAUCUGAUUUAUGUGAUAAUAGUUUUGAAGGUAAGAAGGUUACUUGGGAAAUUGUGAGUUUACAUGUUAACUGUUAGGAGUGAGAGACAUUACAACGUGUUAUUCUAGACAUUAAAAAUGUGAAAAGGUUUACCAUACUAUGUACAUGUUCAUAUGGGGUGUCUGUUUGUUUUGCUUUCAUUGGUAAUAAAUGUUCUUAAUGUUAAGAGAACUAGACGAGCUUCAGACUUGAGCAUCAAAUUCUGUUUUGUAUUUAU